ACCACCACCUUCGCCGGCGGCGGCCCAAACCCUAGUCUCCACCGUCGUCUCAAUCCUGAAGCACCACCGCUCCAAGUCCCGCUGGAACGAAAUCCUCUCUCUCUUCCCCACCGGUUUCACUCCCUCCGAAUUCUCCCAAAUCACUCUCCUCCUUCGCAACACCCCCCACCUCUCUCUCCGCUUCUUCUUCUUCACUCUCCGCCACUCUCUCUGCAACCACUCCCUCCAUUCCUACUCCAUCCUCAUCCACACCCUCUCUCGCUCCCGCCUCAAACCCCAAACCCUAACCCUAAUCCAAUCCUCCCUCAUCCACUUCCCCGAUACCAACAAAACCCCCAAAAUCUUCGAAACCCUCGUCAAGACUUACCGACAGUGUGACUCCGCACCAUUUGUUUUCGAUCUGUUGAUCAAAGCUUGUUUGAGAUCGAGAAGAUUCGAUCAGGCCAUUGAAAUUGCUCGAAUGCUACGGUCUAGAGCUAUUUUCCCUAAUGUUAGUACCUGUAAUUCGUUGAUUAGGUCGGUUUCGAAGUUUCGUGGGUGUUUUGCAGGGUAUGAUUUGUAUAAACAGGUUUUUGGGUUUGAUUCUGAGGUUAAGAGUAGGAUUGGUGGUGUUAAGAUUGUUCCCAAUGUGCAUACUUUUAAUGUGAUUAUGCUUGCUUUUUAUCAAGAUGGUUUGAUGGAUAAAGUGGGAGAGGUUUGGGGUGAAUUGAGCAAAUUGGGGUGUGAACCGAAUUCGUAUAGUUAUAGCAUUUUCAUGGCCGCGUAUUGCGAUGAUGGGAAGAUGGGGGAGGCUGUGAAGUUGUGGGAAGAAUUGGUAAUCAAGGGUUUGAAACUUGAUGCUGUGGCAUACAACACCAUGAUUGGUGGAUUUUGUAGAAUUGGAAAGGUUGGAAAGGCAGAAGAGUUUUUCAGAGAAAUGGGGUUGAGUGGUGUGGAGAGUUCUUGUGUCACUUUUGAGCAUCUCAUUAGUGGGUAUUGUCAGAUUGGGGAUGUCGAUUCGGCGUUACUGUUGUAUAAGGAUAUGUGCAGGAAGGGUUUGAGGCCAGAGGGUUUGACAGUUGAUGUUGUUAUUAGAGGACUUUGUGGGGAGAAGAGGGUUUCUGAGGCUUUGGAGUUUUUGGGAGUUGCAAUGAGAAAUCAUGAGAUUGCACCGAAAAGGAAGAGUUACGAGUUUCUAAUAAAGGGAUUAUGUCAAGAGGGAAGGACGGAAGAAGCAUUGAAGCUUCAGGCAGAGAUGGUAGGGAAACGGUUUGUUUUGAGCCGAAUUCAGAGAUUUAUAGCGCAUUCAUUGAUGCAAAUACAAAACAAGGGAAUGAUGAACUAGCAGGGAUGUUGAAGAAGGAAAUGGCAGAAACUCAAAUGCCCAAGAAACAAGAAUAGCUGAUUUUGUCCCUCAGCAUUGUGAGGUACCUUUGUUUUGGGUUCAGAUUGCUACAAUCCUAAAUAGAGGCGGGAACACAUCUUUCUUGACAUACAGCUUGCUGUAUGGUGAGAAUUAUUUUGGGAGUAGGCGCAACUACUGUAAGUUGGAUUUUGCUCCUAGGUAAGUAAAUACAAAAUCUGGUGAAAGAUGCAAAAUUCAACUUUAGGGCUUUCCCUUCUGAAAUGAAAGUUUGUAUGCAAUUUUUAUUUUUUUGUUUCCUACUCUAAGUAAUCCAUCCCAUUUGCAUAAUGACAUGUAUAGUUUAUCUAGGAAUUCUGAACACUUGAUCAAAAUUGGCUUACAUUUUAGUAAAUUGAUCGAAUUUGUUUAAUCCUUUAAGGGCAGAUUUAACAGUUGAUUACUUGUUUUGAAAUCCUCGUUGUGAACCAAGUCAACCUUCCACUCAAAGGUAGAUUUUUUGUGAGUUCUCUUAAGAGAAGACAUAACUACCUUAAAUUGAAGUUUUGAACAGCUGUUUUCGGGGAAAUGUCAAUUUUUGGGUGAAGCUUCGUGCUAUUGGUUGGUUAUAGAAGGAGGAGAUUGGAAGUAAUAAUACCAUAUUAUUAUGACGAGGAGGAAUUCAUACCUUUUUCUGCUCUCUCUCCCUCUCCCUCGCGUUGUCAGUCAGUCGGUUAACUACCAAAUUGACUUGUAACAAUUAGAUCUGUGAAGAAUCAGAAGGGUAAUCCUAGCCAAUCUUUUUCUUUUUUUAUUUUUUAUUUUUGGCAAUGCAAGAUCUCAUGUCUUUAACAUGGGUUAUCAGUUAUUAUUGGAAAAAGUUAAAAGAGUUAUUGAAUAUAUUUUCCCAUAAUUUUUUGUUGUAA